AUGCGGCCAGGCAUGAUGGCCUGCCCCCGGCAAGAAGAGCAGCAGCAGCAGCAGCAGCCGCAGCAGCAGCAGCAGCAGCAGGACGUCGACGGCAGCGCGGAAACGCGCCAGCCACCUGCUGCGCACGUCCCUGCAACGGCAGCAGCAGCAGAAACAGCAGCAGCAGCAGCAACAACAAGAGCGGCAGCAGUAGCAACAACAGCAGCAGCAGCAGCAGCAGCAGCAAGUCUCCUCCCUUGGCAGCAGCGCACUGCUGCUCUCGUGAGCGACUCGAGCUCGGACGGCGCCGUGUCGCCGCGCGCAGCAGCAGCAGCAAGGCAAGCAGCAGCAAAACAAGCAGCAGCAGCAGCAGCAGCAGCAGCACCUUUUUCUUUCUUUGUCAAGAAGCAGCAAACAAGGGCCAUGGUCCUCGCCAGGGGGCCCCCAGGCCGCCCUUUAGCUGCCAGCCAGCGGCUGCCUCUUGCUGCUGUGCUGCAGUGCUUGGCGGUGGUUUGGCAGGCCGCCUAA